CGCCUUAAAGUGAUGCAAAAACGUGGUUAAGGUGAGCAAGAGAAGCAGAUUUAAAACGUCCGUGUUUGGUGUAAGUAGCAGACAACAUUGCCACUGGCACGAGCUAGUCAAUAGCUGAGAUAUGGAUGAUGUUAAAUGUAAAAAGGAAAACAUGGCAGGAGAAAAUGGCACAGCAUCAGGUGCAGCUUCUGCACUUGAGACAAAGAUUAUUAACCAGAUAGAGUACUAUUUUGGAGACAUAAACCUGCCACGUGACAGAUUUCUUCAGGAUCAAAUCACUCAGGAUGAUGGCUGGGUGACACUGGAGACUAUGCUCAAGUUUAAUCGGCUGAAGAAGUUGAGUGAUGACCAUGGUGUUAUCUGUGCAGCUCUAAAGAAGUCUGCCAGUGGCUUGAUGGAGGUUGCUGAAGACAACACGAAGAUCCGCAGAUCUCUUGAUAAGCCGAUGCCAGACAAUACCAAGGAGAGGAGGGAGGAAGUGUCAGCCAGAUGUGUAUAUGCUAAAGGUUUCCCUGAGGAUCGAACACUGGACGAGCUGCAAGAGUUCUUCAAUAAACAAGGAGAAGUGGAGAGCAUUUCCAUGAGACGAAUUCCCAAAACAAAGGACUUCAAGGGUUCUGUGUUUGUGGUGUUCGCUAAUAAGGAGGAUGCAGAGAAAUUUGUUAAAGCAGAAUCCUUAAAGUAUGGAGAAACAGAACUAAUCCGAAGUUUCAAAGAAGAUUAUUUCAAAAGAAAGAACGAAGAAAAGAGGCAGGCGAAGAAGCAGCAUAAUGACGAUGUCAAGGAAAAGGAGAAGGAACAAGAUGAUAAAAUUCGAGAUCGCAUUAGGACAUCCACCAUCUUAAGACUUGACGGCCUGCCUGGUAACAUCACCCUGGAAGAUCUCCGCAACUUCUUCUCUGACUUCGGCACGGUGGCCUGGGUUGAUCACGACAAUGGAGAAACAAAGGGCUAUGUGAGGUUUACCAACGAGAAUGAGGCAACAGAAGUGUUGACUAAAGCUAAGGAGGCAGGAGAGGGCAAGAUUGAAAUCAACAAUAAUGAAGUGACAGCUCGUGUGCUUGAUGGGGAGGAAGAACUCAACCACUGGAAGAUGAUCUUUAAGACAAUGGAAGAUCAACGCAGGACUCGCAACAAACCAGGAGGUUUCAGAGGAGGCAAGCGACGCAACAACCAGUAUGGAGGAAGGGGAAAGCGGAGUUUCAACAAGGACAGAGAUGGAGAUGGAGAGUCCAAAGAUUCUGGAGAGCCUGCAGCCAAGGUAGUAAAGACAGAAGACGACUGAGAAUGUCUCCCUGCUGCAGCAUACAAUACAAUCAUCAGAUGUCUCUUUUGUGCCUUUGUCCAUCAGAUGACUCCACCAGGUGGAAGGGCAGAGGUUGGGGACAAGGACUGGAGUCUGGGGAUGAGAGACGAGGGCGCCGGGGAUGUGGGGGCUCUCAGUUCAUGGGACAUCUUUGGCUGACUACCUUGAACAUAAUGAUGUACAUUCACAUUACAUGUGGCUCUAUAAGAGUUAACAAUGUAGAUAUGAAAGCGAUUGGAAGUGGUGUUCUGAAUGUGACAUGUUCUGUUUUAUAUUUAUGAAAGAUGUUGCUGUUAGUAAAACAAAAUUAUAAAAGGUAGUAAUAAGUGGAUUAUGGGUGUAGCACCAUAUGUAAAAGGAAUGUUUACGUUGUUGUGGAUAUAAACAAAAUUGCUGGAUUCCUUUGUUGACAUUGAUAUGAAUAUCAAAUGGGUUGACAGUGUUUGACUACUUCAGUGAAAUCAAUGGAAAAUAAUAAUAGUUCAUCUUAUUUUGUAAGUUUUUGAAGAGCAAAUAGAAUGAUUGGAAAUACAUUGUAUCGAAAUCCAGCGUAAAAUGUUGUACUGUAUUUCCUAGCCAAUAGCACCAGGCCACACCCCAUAUUGCAAGGUGAAAAGAGAUUGUAGAAAACUGGAAAUGUGUUUUUACUUUUUGUAAUAAUACCGCCUAAAUCUGAACAUUUUUACCCAGUGCUUUUACAAGAUUAGAUAAAUUUCUUACCCGUUUCCAAAGGGUUAAAUUCAGCAAGAUGGAUUAUUGGUCAAAAGCACAAAAUAGGGUGCAAGUAUAGUAACGGUUGACCAUCCACCUUUGGCAAGUAGCUCUGCCCAGUAAAGAGCUGGGAGGCAUGGGUUGUCCAUGUCUAUUCAUUUACUCAUCUAUACAUAAACCAUUUCACAUUUUAAUGUACUUUUUAUACUUUCGUUUGUUCCUAAUACAUUUCACAAACAGUUUAUUUGGAAACAUUUUCACCUUGUAUUAUGAAAGUUGUUUAGUACUUUUUAAGGCUAACUGUAGUCACAUUUUAUGGCAAUCAUUUCCAUUUGUACAUAGUGUCAAUAAACUACAUUUAUCAUCA